CUUAUGAAGGCAUGUAUAUCCGAAUCUCGCCUCGUUCACAUACGAGCCACGGAUAGUCCUCUUCUUGAAGUCGUAGCAGUAGAGAGACCUUUCAUACUCUUGCUCACUACAUGAUGAUCCAGUCUCACAGCCCACAAGCCAACCCACCGCAUCAGCCCACUUUCAUCCUCCUAUCCUUGAUUACAUUCGGAACCAUUCAUCCCCAACCAUGCCUUACCAUCCAGCCACAGCAGUACAAGGCACAUCAAAAUCCUCCCCACAGCCCAUGUUCUGAUGUACAUGUACAGUACUCGACCCUUUCUUCCUUCUAAUCCAAGCCAGCCCCAAAGAGUGAAAGCAAAACACCCACAGACCCAGAG